UCAUUGAACAUUAACUUGGUGAAAGUCUAAAUUAUCAGUUUUAGGCAAGCUUUACAGAUCAAAAGAAAAAUUGGAAAAGUCUUUAAAAAUCACGAAAUUGUGCUUCUUUUUUUGUUAAACCGAUUUAAAAAAUGAGUUGUUUGCUUUCAGUCUCGUUAUUUAAUGUUGUCCAAUUUGACAACGAUCCAUGCAUUAGUUCAAGUAGUAUUUCCAGCGGCGAUCGAACCAGAGAUGGAACUUGUUUUACUGAAAGUGAAUGUUCAAACAAAGGUGGAGCAGCAUCUGGAACUUGUGCUUCAGGGUUCGGUGUGUGUUGCAUAUUUUCCCUGCAAAAUGGAGGAACUAUUGCGCAAAAUAAUUCGUAUAUCAAAAACCCGAAUUUUCCCAAUGCUUUGGUUGAUGUCGAAACAACAUCCAUAAGCUACACUGUGUAAAAAUGCUCUUGUGAUGUGUGCUUUCUCAGGCUGGACUUCAUUAGUUUCAAUAUUGAGGGUUUACCCGACACAGAAUCGGGCGGUGGUACUUGCACCGACACCUUUACCGCGACAGGAACCGCCGGCUCCAGUGUGCCCGUGAUAUGCGGCCAGAACUCAGGACAGCAUAUUUACAUUAACAUGGGCAAAGAAUGCUCAGAUGAAGCCAAGUUAACCUUUGCCUUCAGUGGAGCAUCAACCAUACGAGUUUGGGAAAUUCAAGCCACCCAAAUCAAAUGCGGCGCAACUGAAGCUCCCCCUGCUGGAUGCCUGCAGUAUCACACGGAAUUGAGCGGCCGCUUGACGACUUUCAACUUUUCACCCAUGGACGAGACGCAUUUAGGAUCUCAAGAGUAUUCUAUUUGUAUUCGUCAACGAACAGGCUUUUGCUGUGUUCAGUAUCAGGUUUGCCCUGAUUCAUUGGAUACGGGAUUUACAUUGGAUCCUUUAGGAGUACCAAACACGGCUGAUGUGGCUUAUGUUGAUAGUGAUUGUAACAGGGAUCACAUUGUCAUUGCAGCAUCCGGAGGAAGUUGCUCCACCCCAAAUGCAGGUGGAAACCUACAUAGCAGAUAUUGCGGAAGCAAGUUCAACGCCAAUUCCGCUAGUACAGUUCAUGGACCAGUCUGUGAUUGUACUGCUCCCUUUGAUGUUCGUAUUUUUACCGACGAUGGAUCAGAUAAUGAGGACCCAGCUACAGCAAACACAGGCACGAGCAGGGGUGUUUGUUUGGAAUACAUUCAAAUUCCUUGCGGAGGCGCUUAAACUGGGUUUAAAGAGGCAGCCUAUGCCUCAAAUAUCUCGUGGAUGAACCCUAAAUCUUGUAUUUCUUUAUGGAUUCAGAAUGGACAAACAACAUAAUAAAAACCAGUGU